UCGCCCAGGGGGGGAGGUUGCAAAGGCUGGCUUGGCUUGGCUUCUCUUUCCUCUUGCAUGGAGAAUUGCCCCCCUGCUUGAGUGGAAUAAAUUGGUACAGGCCAUUAGGAGCCACUGAGGUCCUUCUCUUUCUCUCGCUUUCUCUCUCUCAAAAGGGGUGGGGGGAAACAGUCAGUGUUUCUAUAGACAUAAACCCAUCAGCCACAGAUGUGAAGCCAGGCACUGCCUCUUUUCUCUUGCUCCCUCCCACUGCCCUUUCCCCCCUCUCCCAUUUCUCCCUCUCCUUGCAAAUCCCUAUCUCUCUCCCCCCCUCUCUCUUUCUUUGACACUCUUCCAUUCAUUCUUCCGAUCCUCCUUUAUAUGAAAAGCUGGCUCUUUUGCAUAGAGACUGGGGGAAGCGGUGCACUUCCACACAAGCAGUGCAAGAGGAAGAAGAGAAGUGUUCUUCUACAAUUAUUAUUAUUAUUGUUAUUGUUAUUGUUAUUAAAUCAUUAGUAUUGCUCAGAGGAAGAAGGGGAAGGAUUCUUGGUGGGGAUUUUUGCUUGGAUUAAAAAAAAAAAGCCAAGGGAAGAGAUUUGGAAGAACCGCAUGCAGGGAGAUGCUUUGAAUUGUGCCUCUGUUUCCAAGGAUUAAAGGAUGAAUAGGCACUGCUGCGAUGGAGAAAGAAUGCAAUUCAAGCUACCAGAAUAAGGCCGUCUUCCCAAGGGGACCUUGAAAUCCUCACUGUGCCAGUCCCGUGACGCUGUGUCCCCCUACCUGAGAGGUCUCCCUCUCCCCCUCGGUGGCAAGCUGCCCCUUCCGCUGUGGCAGCAGCCUCUGCAACCCUGCUUCUGCAAUGGGUAAUGAGGAGCCGUGGACCGCGUCAGUCCUGGAGAUGCCGAAGCGACGAGACAUCCUGGCUAUCGUGCUGAUAGUGCUGCCCUGGACACUGCUAAUCACCGUCUGGCACCAGAGCACCAUUGCGCCACUGCUUGCCGUGCACAAGGAGGAUGGUGGGGAUGCCCGUCGUGACUUUUCCCAAGGCUCAGACUCCAAGGAGUAUUGCCUGUCAGACCGCAAUAUUGUGGAGGUGGUUAGGACAGAAUACGUCUACACCCGUCCGCCUCCUUGGUCAGAUGCCUUGCCCACCAUCCAUGUCAUCACGCCCACCUACAGCCGACCAGUCCAAAAGGCAGAGCUGACACGGUUGGCCAACACUUUCUUGCACGUUCCAAAUUUGCACUGGAUCCUGGUGGAGGACUCCCAGCGACGGACACCACUUGUCACCCGGCUCCUGAGGGACACUGGGCUGAACUACACACACCUCAACGUGGAGACCCCACGCAACUACAAGCUGAGAGGGGACAUGAGGGACCCACGGAUACCCAGGGGGACAAUGCAAAGGAACCUUGCCUUACGGUGGCUGAGGGAGACAUUUAAUAAAAACAACAGCCAGCCUGGGAUUGUGUACUUUGCCGAUGAUGAUAACACCUACAGCUUGGAACUCUUUGAGGAGAUGCGGACCACCAGAAAGGUGUCAGUGUGGCCAGUGGCCUUCGUGGGAGGCUUGCGAUAUGAGUCUCCCAAAGUGAAUGCUGCUGGUAAGGUGUACGGCUGGAAGACUGUCUUUGACCCUCACCGGCCUUUUGCCAUUGACAUGGCGGGUUUUGCUGUGAACCUCAGGCUCAUCCUCCAGCGACCUCAGGCUUACUUCAAACUACGAGGGGUGAAGGGUGGCUACCAGGAGAGCAGCUUGCUCCGGGAGCUGGUGACUCUAAAUGACCUCGAGCCCAAAGCUGCCAAUUGCACUAAGAUUCUUGUCUGGCACACAAGGACAGAGAAACCGGUGCUGGUGAAUGAGGGAAAGAAAGGCUUCACAGACCUUAAUGUGGAAAUCUGACAUCAUACCACAAAAACAGAGAAAAAUAUUAGCAGCAUAUUCCUUCUUGUGGAGUCCUCACGCCAGUCUCCAGACAUAGUUUGGAUACUUUUAAUAAACUGAGAGUAACCGAGCCCAGUUUCCAAACCAACCACCAACUGCUUGGACACCCUGUGCUUCCUUGUCGAAUUCUUGAAUGAAGAAAGAUGACAUGACUGAGCCUCUGGAGAUGAACCAUUUCUAUUUUUAAAGGCAGGGGGGAAAACAACAGCACAGAAGCAAUGGAGUUGGUGUCACUUUUGGUUGGCAGGGCAGAGACUCAUGGGACGGAAGCGAUGGAGGAUGCUCGCAGAAGGAAGCGUACCUGGAAAUCCCCCUUUGGAAGCCAAGGUUCAAAUCUAGGGGCUGGCUUCCAGAGGACAUUCCUAUAGGAGUCAUCGUUUGGAUCUGUGACUGGUUCCUCCCAUCCCAACAGGCAUGAACUACGUACUGGGCACAACCAGACAAAGCAGCUCUUCCAUUCAGAGGGAAAUGCUGCCCUUGGCUGUGGCACCUUUCCUGUCAAUAUUAUAUUUAUUAUGUUGUAAAAGAUAGUAGGAUUUGGCCAAGGUGGGGGAGAGGAAAGGGAGGAAGAAAAAGAAAAGGCUGCCAGUUCUAAACUGUUGCAGUCGUAACCAUAUCUCUUUCAUCAGAUCCAGGGAUCGAAAAAGAGGUGGCAUUCCAAUUAAAUUCACCAAGCCAACAUUUGGUUGGGUUGGUAGGGUCUUCUUAUCCGAGCCCCUGACUCUGCCAUGGUUGGAUCACUUGAUUGUUUGAGUUCACCUAAAGCCAUCAGGCUUUCCAAAGCUAAGAACCUCUUAGUAAGCUUACCUCACCAACCCUCUCCCCUAGAACCAAAUAGACCUGCUGCAAGAAACCGUUAUUUCUCACCUGUUCACUGAUAAUGUUUAUUUAGAUCCUGUUUAGUAGGUCCAGAGAAAGAAACAAAAAGACAUAGGGGGAUCAUGGGUAUCUUGAGCCCCCUGU